GUCGAUGUGGCUUUAACGUGAACUUCUAUUGAGUCCAAGUUUAUAAACAGAGGUCACUAUGGAAAUGUUUGCAGUUUUCCAGUUUUGUAUGUUCAGCCUUGUUUUGGCAAACCAAGAGGAGCGGUUGCCGAAUAAAUGCGAGGUUUGUAAAUUACUGACGGUGGAGUUACAGGACGCCCUAGAAAAAACUGGCCGCUCGAAGGAAGUUCUUGAGCUCGGAGAAGUUUUGGACACUGGCAAGCGCAGGCGCAAAAUCAAAUACAACACAUCAGAGACACGACUCACUGAGGCCAUGGACAACAUCUGUGAAAGAAUUCUGCAGUAUAAAGUCCAUGCUGAGAGACCAGGAAGCCUUCGCUAUGCCAAAGGCACAAGCCAAACCAUGAACACACUUAAGAACCUGGUGGAUAAGGGAGUGAAGGUAGAACUGGGUGUCCCUUACGAACUAUGGGAUGAACCAUCAGUGGAGGUGGCAGACCUGAAGAGACAGUGUGAGACCAUGUUAGAAGAGUAUGAAGAGGUUGUGGAGAGCUGGUACUUUCAUCAUCAAGAUGAGAAACUUGACAGAUUCUUCUGUGCAACCCAUGUGCUCGGAGACUCAGACCAAGAGUGCCUGAACGAGGUAUGGAAAGGUGACAUGGGCAUGAAGGGAUCAAAAGAAGAGAGCGAGGGAGAGGAUGGAGGACAGACCCACGACGCAGGAGAACUGUGAAAGCAGAGCCAUAAUGGUUGAUGCAUGCACAACCUGUAUGACGUAUUUGCACAAAGCUACAUAGGAACCAAGGAAACAUCAAAGAAAGUGUUUUUCUCAAGCAUCUGCAUUAAUAUUAAUGAAAAUGAACUGUCAGUGUUUUCCCAAUCUGUUAUUUUUUGCCAGAUCAUGGGAUGUGAACAGUCCCAUGUUUUACCUCUUUGUCAAUGCAGAAAUUUUAAAUUUCUAUUUUUAUGCAGUUAUAGAAUGUGCCUUUUAUUGUAUAUUGUCUUACGUGUUCAAGCAAAUACAGACACUAACACUUUUUACUGUUAGAUGAGACUGGGAAUUGUAUUAGUAUUUAUCGUCACUGCACAACCAUGUACAAACAAAACAGAUUGCUUUAGGAUUUUGUAUUUUGGGGUACUUACAAAAUGUUUUUUCUCCUGAUGUAAUAUGUACAGUAAUCUUUUUUAAAUGAUGCAUUGUUGCUAUAAAUCCAAAGUUUGUCUUAA